AUGGAAUACACGCAGGCCAAGCGAAAGCCUGUGACGCCCCGCAUCAUAAUCCACGGCGGCGCAGGCAACAUCACACAAGAAAAUCUCCCGCCCAAAGCACUCGCAGCAUAUCGAUCCGCGCUGCUAGGAAUUCUCGGCAGAGCAAAUGAGAAGCUGUCGGAGCCGCACGCCUCAGCUCUCGAUGUCGCUACUUACGCCGUGUCCCUCCUCGAGCUUGAUGGCAUGUUCAACUCAGGUCGCGGUGCGGUAUUCACCACUGCGGGAACUCAUGAGUUGGAAGCCUCCGUCAUGGUGUCGCGGGGCUACAACAAAAGGGGCUGUGGCGUGAUGUGCGUGAAAAAAGCCAAGAGUCCCAUCAUGUUGGCUAAAGAGAUGUUGAUCCGGGGACAAACGGCAGAUGGAGGCGGUGCGCAAGGACAUUGCCAGUUGCAGGGAGAGAUAUGUGAUAAGCUGAAUGAUCAGUGGGGACUCGAAUCAGUCAAGCCCAGUUAUUUCUGGGUUCGAAAGCGAUGGGAUGAGCAUAGAAAAGGCCUGGGCUUGGUGCGUGACGAUGAGACCUAUGACAAGGCUAAGAAGGCUGCGGACAGUGAAUACAAUCGCGAUACUGCCAGCCAAACACACAUACAGGACGUGUCCAUGGAGCUAAGCUCGGUGGACCAAUGUGCUGUAGGGGACAUACACUGGAAUGGACGAGAUUAUCUUCCUCAAGGCACUGUUGGAGCUGUUGUUCUCGACAGUAGAGGAGUGCUCUGUGUUGCGACCUCCACGGGUGGACUUACGAACAAGCUCCCUGGCAGGAUUGGUGAUACACCGACGUUGGGGGCAGGAUUCUGGGCGGAAGAAUGGCAAACGCAGACAACGAAGUCCGUCCCAGUGGCAGCCAGUCCAAUGUCUCAGCUGGUUGCUUCAGCUGGCGAAUGCUUUCCUGGCAUUUCAACCUACCUACCGYUACCUCCGUCAGAUGCAGCUUUUCUGAACGUGAAGCAUUCGACACACUUCAGAGGCGUAGCAAUGUCUGGAACCGGCAACGGUGAUAGCUUCCUUCGUGUUGCUGCCGCUCGGACGGCGGCAGCAAUGGUACGCUUCGGGAGCCAAUCGACAUAUACCUCGAGCGGUAACGGUCAGCAGAUCUCACUGCAGCAAGCCGUCACCGCAGUCGCUGGACCUCACGGAGAACUACAACUUUCCGCUGGUGAUAGGUGGCAUAAGACCGGCGAGGGCGAGGGCGGGAUCAUUGGUAUAGAGCUUGAUCAGUACGGUGAGGGACAUGUCGUCUUUGCUUGGAACUGUGGUGGCAUGUUUCACGCGUGGAUUGAUGACAAUGGUGAGGAGCAGUUUGAAGUGUUCCAACCAAAGCCUUGA